UAGUAACACAAUUUUAAAAUUUGUAGUUAAACCUUGACUAGUGUAGUAAAAUCAUGGUUUUGCUGAUAGUAAUCACUACACAAAAACCAUGGUUACUACACUUUUACCAUAAUAAAACCAUGUUUAAUAAAGGAAGGUACCAUAAUGUGUGUUAUUAAUGGUUCAGUUCACUAAAUUGCAGUUUAAUUGUCUCCUGUAGGCAGUGUUUGAAUCAACAAUGAAUAUCUACAUAUAUUUUAAUAUUUGGUGCAGAUCAUUACACUGUUUAUCUUAUAUUGUGUACACUCUCACACACUGUACACCCUACUGACACACCAGAAACAACAGAGCCGUAAAUCUGCCUCCAGAUCUGCAGCCUCCUCAUACUCACUUGUAAAGCAGUGAGCGUCUUCUGUCUCCAGUACAGCAGGAGGCGCUGCAGCUCUUUAGUCCGCAAAUAAACUCACUAAAGAAAGAAAGAAAGAAAGAGCGCGCGUGUGAUGUGUUUGUGUAUCCUCAGUGUUUUUCUCUCUUGCGUGUUUCAUUGAGUGUAAACAGUGUCUUGUCUCUGUGUAUUUAAGAGUUGAGAUGAUGAGAUGUGCUGUGCUGUAAAUGAGUAGGAACUGAUCUGUCCGUGCUGGAUAUAUUGAUGAUUUCAUCACAGAAAACUCUCAGCUGAAGAAAGAGCUGGCGUUAUUGGAGACAAAGCUGAGGUCAAGAGGAGAUUUAACAAUGAAACGAGAGGAUGUGGAUUGUCAGGUUGUCAGGUAUGUGACUGAUGAUGGGAGUCUGGAUUCAGUGUGGAUGAGCAGAGAUCAGAGCCGCACACCACAGCCACUGCUGGACUCUAAACUCUCUGAAGAGAAAUCCAGACACACACAGGACACUACAGUGUGUGACAGUAAUGAGGGCUUACAGGAGGACCAAACCUCCACAGAGUCUCUGGAUUCUGUCUGUAACGCUGGAGAACAGCAGCAGAUCCUGCAGACCAAACUGAAGAUGUGUUCAGUUAAACUCAUCGACUGCACGAACCUCAUGAUGAAGAUCAAAACUGAACCCACAGAAAUCAAAACUGAACCCACAGAAAUCAAAACUGAACCCACAGAAAUCAAAACUGAACCUAAAGAAAUCAAAACUGAACCCACAGAAGAGGAAGAUCCCACUGAGGAAGAUGAUGAUUUUAUUCCAUCAGAUGUGAAGAGUGAUUCAUGUUUGGAUAUAGAAAUAACGUCCUCAACAUCAAAAGAGCAACUGACAGCACAAACUCUUUCCUGCAUCACCUGUGGAAAGACAUUCAGCUCACAGAGACUUUUAGAGAGACAUGAGAGAAAACACACAGAACAGAAACUCUUCACCAGAUCUGAGAUCAGCUUUACUACCUUACAAGAGAAGAAACUUCAUUCAGAAGACCACAGAGAGAAGAAGAAGCAGUUUCACUGUGAGCAGUGUGGGAAGAUUUUUGUCUGUUCCUAUAAACUAAAUAUUCACAUGAGGAUACACAGUGAUGAAAAGCCUUUCAACUGCACUGAAUGUGGAAAAUAUUUCAGAACCAAACAAAAUCUUGAUAUUCAUCAGAGAAUUCACACAGGAGAAAAACCUUACGAGUGUCCUCACUGUGAGAAGAGUUUUAGUUUAAAGCAUACAUUACUAAGGCACCAGAGACUUCACACAGGUGAAAAACCUUUCAAAUGUUCUCAGUGUGGCAAGACGUUUACUUGUUCAAGUAACUUAAAAAACCACGAAAGAGUUCAUACUGGAGAGAAACCUUAUCACUGUAGUGUGUGUGGAAAGAGUUUUGGACAAAGGGCUACAUUACUAAAUCACAAGAGAAUUCAUACAGGUGAAAAACCUUACAAAUGCUCUCAGUGUGAUAAGACUUUUUCUCAGUCCGGUCAUUUAAAAUCUCAUCAGAGAGUUCAUACUGGAGAAAAACCUUAACACUGUAGUGUUUGUGGGAAGAUUUUUAGUCAACAGUGUAACUAACUUAAAGGUCACAUUUUCCUAAUCCUAUUUUUUAAACCCUAGUUAGUGUGUAAUGUUGCUAUAAUAGCGUAAAUAAUACUUGUAAAAUGAUAAAGCUCACUGCCAGGCGAUAUAUUUUCUUUAACAGAAUUCGCCUUUCAAAGCUUACAGCGAACGGCCGGUUUGGACUACAGACCUCUACUUCCUGUUUUAAUGACUACAAUAGAACAGUUUUUGACUAAACCCGCCCACAGGAAUAUGUCAGUCGCCAGCUAAGCUAACGGCAGGCUAAUCAGCCCGUUUUGAGGACAGUGAAAACAGCACUAUACAGAUAAGUAAAUUAUGUGACCUCUAAGCACAAGAGAUUCCAUACAGGUGAAAAACCCUUAAGUGUGACAAGACGUUUGCUCUGUCAAGUCACUUCCCUUCUGAAAAAAACCCCAAUAAAACCUUUGCAGAAAUUCCUAAUGGUUUCCAUUAAAAUACCAGAAGGAACCAUUAGCUUUUACCAUUAAAGCCACUACAAAAUAUCAUCCUUUGAACUAAUUAAACGUCUGACCGAACAUCUUAAACUAGCAGCGCUUAGCAGCGUCUGCCAUGUGAUGACCUGAAAUUAGCGGUUUAGGUGCCAAGCUGUUAAAAAGUGUAUGUGUGUAUGUGUCCAGGAUCAAACAAACUCUUCAUAAUAGUGUUAAUAAAAUAUGAAAAACAACAUGAAUUAACACAUUUAUCAUUUUUAUGUCACAUUUAUCUCUUUAAGAACUCAUUUAUUUUAUAUUGUGUGCUAUGUGAUUUUUCUAAUUGGUUUUUAAAGUCUUAAUGUCAUGAGACCACAAUGUCAUGUUCAUUAACUUUGGUUGGUAUAGAAACACACUGAGAAAGAAACUCUUCAGAUUAUUCAGUAAAUUCUUUGUUCAUUUUUACAAUGAUUACGUCUCCUUACUUCUUCUAUAGGCCUUUUCUCUGGGCUGGUAAAUGAAAGUUUACUUAAUUAUUCAGUAUUUUGUCAGUCUUUCAUUCUUUCUAGGAAAGUUAAAGGACCUGUUAUUGCAUUGAGAGCAUCUUGAACAGAUGUGUGAUAUGGUAGCACAAUAGAAAUUAACUGCAAGAGCUUAUAGAGAGGAGUAGAGACUUCUUAGAGGAACACCAAUAUAUUUUAUUUAUUUUUCUAUGCAAGGACAAUGCAUAUUAACAUAACAGCACAGCUGUGAAAUAUGCCAGAGUUAGCCGAAAGGCUAGUUUUCAUCUGUAGUCCUAGGCCAGAUGUACAAUAGGCACCCUGAAAACAAUUGAUAAGUAAAAUGCGUUAAUAAUUACAUGACUAAAAUACAAUAAACAAUACAUUUGCUACAGCAGCAAGUAAAGAUACCAACACAGACAUGCAACAAAACAUUCAUGUGCUACAAGCUUAAAAGGAGAUGCAGCUAGAGGCGACAGGCAUACAUAAGCACAAGCAACAGUCUCUGCCAUGCAGCUAAAAGCGACUAGAAUGCAGCUAGAAGCGACAGGACACACAAGAGCACAAGCAACAGUUCAUGAGACAACUUAAAUCACUAUUAAAAAAAAAACUGUAAAUAACAUUUAUCAGUUAUAAUACAAAGUUUAAAAGGAAGAGUACACAUAAAAAUGCAUCAAUAUAAAAUUAGAUAAGAAAAACAUGCUGGAUGACUCAAAAAGCAGUGAAAGUUCAGUGCUGACAUGUUUGAUUGCUAAGGAGCCAACGUUUUAAUGUUGAGCGGAAUGCAUUGUAAUUAUUAAUUUCUCUAAUUGAUAUUGGAAUGUUGUUCCAUUCCUUUGAAGCUUUAAUAGAAAAGGCUGACUGACUAAACGCCGUUUCCUAAAUGGAAUGACACAGUCUCCUCUGGAUGUUCCUCUAGUGAGAUGACUGGUAUUGGACCGCAAACCCAGGAACUCACCAAGAGGUGGAGGAGCCAGGCCAUGAAGGAUUUUAUAUGCUAAACAAAUAUUUGUGAACUUAACAAGAUUUUCCCAACUUAAAUUAUAUUUUAACAGAAUAUUGCAAUGAUGAAAAUGACGUGGUUUCUUAUCCAGAACUUUAAGUGUUUGUUUAUAUAGGGACUGUAUUGGUUUCAAAGUAGUAUGGUUGGCCAGGGACCAACUGAUGAGGCAGUAAGUCAUAUGCGAAAAAAAUCAAUGAAUGCAUAAACAUUUUGGCUGCUCGGGUGGACAUUGAAUUUCUGAUAAAUCGAAAAUUUGAUAAAUAAAUGUUUACUUUCUUAACUGUUUUCAUGAUAUGAGAAUUAAAAUUGAGGUUGGAGUCUAUAAGAAUACCAAGAUACUUAAAUUCUGUAACUAUUUGAAGUUUUUCACCAGAUAUUACAAUGUCCAGGGGCCGUAUUCACAAAGAAUUUUAUCUUACCACUAAGAGUACUCUUAAAUCGCACUAAAAGAUUUUAGCUAGGAGUUUUCUCUUAAAAGAUAUUCACAACGCCUUUCAGACCUACUUUUAGUAAGGAAAAAUGAUAACUCCUAAACUAAGAGUGAGUCUCCGUUGCUACGGAUGACGUCAAUUCUCAUGCACGAGCUGCCUCGCAAUGACCACGGUGAUUGGUGACAGGCUGUCAUGCGGAACAUAACACAGACGCAC